UUGAGUGUUGGAAACCCAAAUAUUCACACUAUACAAAAAAAACAACAAUAAAACAAAACAGAGAAAAGGAGGAGCUUUGGAUGUUUAAGACUGUAUGCUGACUAAACUGACCUCUCCCACAUCCCCACAAACCUACUAGCAGGUGGUUAGAGUCAAAUGCUUGGUUUAAUCAUAUUAGUGAAGAUUAUAAAGAAGCUUUAAAAUUGCAAGGCUAGUGUGCAGUGCUGGAAUUGUUCAGAGAGCAUUCAUAAGAAAUCAGUUAUCGUAGAAAGCUGAAACAAAGAAACAGUUCCCUUACAGGCAAAAGAUGCCAGUGAUCAAUAUUGAAGACUUGACAGAAAAGGACAAAUUGAAGAUGGAAGUUGACCAGCUCAAGAAAGAAGUGACCCUGGAAAGAAUGCUGGUCUCCAAAUGUUGUGAAGAAGUAAGGGAUUAUGUUGAAGAAAGAUCUGGGGAAGAUCCACUAGUAAAGGGUAUCCCAGAGGACAAAAAUCCCUUCAAGGAACUCAAAGGAGGCUGUGUGAUUUCAUAAGAAAAAAAAAUUCCAUGGAAUAACUUGAGCUUUAAUGACAGUACUAAGUUUUGGUCAUCUAUAAUAAUACUGUUAAGUAUGUACGUAACCUUUUGAUUUAUAAGUACAAACUUUUAAUAAAAACUAGGAUGUGAUAAUGCAUAAAUCUGUUUUUCUUAAAGUAUUUAACACAGGGCUUAGCACAUAACUGGCAAUAACUAUUGAUUGACCC